CAAUUGAAUGAAGGUAUUUUCAAAACCCUUGGGAUCAGGGGCUAGAUUUUGUGUGUGUUUUAUCAUCUAUUGUGUUAAUGGUGCCAUCACAAACAUUGAAACAUUAACAUUGACAAUCAGGUCUGGAAAACGAAACCCGAAUUGCGUGUCCUUGGCCAAUUCAGGGACGCGAUUCAUUCUAUUUCACAGCCAAAUAGUUAAGCUUCAUUCUGUUUUUCUGUCUUAAUUUCUAGCAUCUGCAACCAACCACCUAAUAUUAUUUGAAAAAGAAAAAAAAAUUUCUUUUUAAUGUGCAAAUAUCCAUUUUAAGGUGCUAAUAUCCAACAACCCAUUUAGUGUUGAAUUUCUCUUCGUGAGAUUUACAAGAGACUUGAUGACGUCAAAUCUCAACUCUCAGGAUUAGAUAGGUUAGAUAGACUCUAGAUCGAAGGCUUGAAGGCUGUCAAAAUCGCCCCUUGAGCCCUACUUGGCCCAACUCACCACCUGCCCCGCCCUUCGUCCUGGGAAGUCCAAGGGCCCGUGUUCCGUGAUUUGUAAUGUACCCGAGUUUGUCGAGCUCUGCCACUUCCUCGUCGGAUUCGAUUCGCAGACGCGGCGGUCAUGUGAGCCCGCAUCCAUCCACGGGCACAUCUUCUUUUAUCAUCUCGUCGGGACCACCCCCGAGCCCGAUUCAGCCCGAUUCAGUGAGUCAUUUCGAGGUGGUCAUGGCGGGCAAUUCGUCGCGUGACCGGACGCACGAAUUCAUCAAUGCCGUGCGAUCCUUCCAAGGUCGCCAGAUCAAUGGCCAUCUACCGUCGAGCAUGGCCAAAUCGGCCAAACAGAACCAGUUGAUGGCCCAAUCGGCCGAGUUCAUGAAGAUUGCCCGCAGCAUUGGCCAAGAUAUUACCAACACGUAUGUCAAACUGGAGAAAUUGACCGUGUUGGCCAAACGGAAGACUUUGUUCGACGAUCGACCUCAAGAGAUCCAGGAGUUGACCUACAUCAUCAAGGAGGACAUGAAUCAGUUGAAUCGCCAGAUCGGACAAUUGCAGCAGAUUGCCAAAGCCCAGCGGAGUCAAGGACUUCAGGGCAAACAUCAGCAAUCCCAUAGCAGCAGUGUGGUGGUGGCCUUGCAGUCCAAGUUGGCCAGCAUGACCUCGAAUUUCAAGGCCGUCCUAGAGGUGAGGACCGAGAAUCUGAAGGAAUCCAAGAGUCGGCAGGAGAUGUUUUCCCAGAGUCAUGUCACCCAAAGUCUGCCCCAAUCGGCCGUGAAGGGCUUUCAUUCCGGCUCGGUCUUGGCCGCCAUGGAGGACGACGAGCGACAAGCUCAGACCAACGGACAAGUGGCCAUCGCCAUGGAUCAGAGUAUGGCCUUGAUGCAGCAAGACCAUACCGAUCAAUACCUCCAGUCCCGGGCCGACACCAUGCAGAACAUUGAGUCCACCAUUGUGGAACUGGGCGGGAUCUUCUCGCAGUUGGCCCAUAUGAUCAAGGAGCAGGAGGAGAUCAUGUUCCGGAUUGAUAGCAAUGUUGAGGAUGCGGCCAUGAACGUGGAUGCGGGUCACGGCGAGAUCUUGAAGUACUUCCAGAGUGUGACCUCGAACCGGUGGUUGAUGAUUAAGGUGUUUGGUGUGCUGAUAUUCUUCUUCAUCUUCUUCGUUAUUUUCAUGGCUUGAACGAUUUCUAUUAAAAACAGAUAUAUUUUCUAUUGGUUCAAA